UGUACAUACCAACCUCUGGAAGAAAGUAGGCUAGCAGUUCUCCAAGUGCGCUUGGCUGGGAAAGAAGGAGUGAAGGAAGGGGAAAGGAAGGUGUGGAGACGUCAGGAGGAAGACGCUUCAACCGCUUCUUAUUAAUCGUUGGGCGAGCUGCAAAACACAAACAGAAGAGAGGAAACCAGCAGAGCGAGCGAGCUAAGCCAACCAGCCGCCCGAUCCCACGCUGGAAACUUUAUACCCUCCGCUCCCCGCCGUAUCUAUUUAUUUCGCCCCUUCUCCUUCUGCAAGGAGUUUUGUUUCCGACGGCGUGUUUUUUUCCAUGCUAUUUCCAGAAGAGAGAUAAGAGUAGAAGAUGCGAGCACAAAUUGAAGUUAUCCCUUGUAAGAUAUGUGGGGACAAGUCUUCAGGGAUUCACUAUGGAGUCAUCACCUGUGAAGGGUGCAAAGGUUUUUUCCGCAGAAGCCAACAGAAUAACGCCACUUACUCUUGCUCACGGCAGAGGAACUGCCUGAUCGACAGGACCAACCGAAAUCGGUGUCAGCACUGCCGACUGCAGAAGUGCCUGGCGCUGGGCAUGUCCCGGGAUGCAGUAAAGUUUGGCCGCAUGUCCAAGAAGCAGCGGGACAGCCUGUAUGCCGAGGUCCAGAAACAUCAGCAGAGCCAAGAACAAAGCGUGGGAACCAAGGACAACCCAGAGACCUUGUCGAGGGUCUACACCACCAGCGUGAGCAGCGGACUCUCUGACCUUGAUGACAUCUCCAUGCUGUCGGACAGCUUCCUCUUUGAUUUUCCGCUGAGCCCCGAAGGGAACAGCAGCUACUACAACCUGGAUCUCCUGACCUCAGCGCAGCCAUCGCCCGACCAGUCCAGCACUGACGUCAGCGACACGAAGUUCAUUAAACAGGAGUCCAUCUACGAGCUCAUGCUGGAGCCCAGCCUCUUUCCUCACGGCCCCCUUGAAAGCAACGCGCUGACUUCAGACGUUUCGGUGAUGGAAAUGGAGCGCCUAGCCCAGAAUGUGGUAAAAUCACACCUUGAGACGUUGCAGUUCACCAGCGAUGAGCUACAGCGGUUUGCCUGGACACUCUACUCUCAGGAGGAAAUAAGGACCAUGCAGAACACGAACUGCGAGGUAAUGUGGCAAGAGUGUGCCGUCCAGAUUUCCAAUGCCAUCCAGUACAUCGUGGAGUUUGCCAAGCGCAUUGAUGGCUUCAUGGAGCUAUGCCAGAAUGACCAAAUCAUUCUUCUCAAAGCAGGUUGUCUAGAGAUUCUCCUCAUCCGAAUGACGCGGGCCUUCAACCCAUUGAACAACACCGUACUUUUUGCAGGAAAAUAUGGUGGGAUGCUGAUGUUUAAGUCACUCGGUUGUGAUGACCUGAUCAGUUCCAUCUUUGAGCUGGGGAAGAACCUUUGCCGACUGCAACUCUCUGAUGAAGAGGUAGCACUCUUCACUGCAAUUGUCCUGUUCACACCAGAUCGGCCUUGGCUCUCUGAGUCCAAAAAGAUACAAAAACUCCAGGAUAAAGUCUACACGGCUCUCCAGCACGAGAUUCAAAAGAAAAAUACGAACGAAGACAGGCUCUCCAAGAUGGUUGCCAAGCUCCCCUUGAUGAAGACCAUCUGCAGCCUUCACUUAGAUAAGCUGGAACUUUUCCGCCUUGUCCAUCCGGAGACGGCCAAAAAUUUCCCUCCUCUCUACAAAGAAGUCUUCAAUUCAGAGUUCCAUUACAGCAGUCCUCAAGAGAGCUAAAGCAGAAUUCACAGAGCAAAACUUUUAUGGCUUCCGGAAUGGGGAAAGCAGAAUUGACUAACCCCUGUGGUUUAUUUUAAAUCAAGGAUCAACCUGGCUUUCCUCCUCCUCAACCUCUUGCAGUUGAUCUGUGGUGAUCUGCAGUCACUGUUGAAUGUAAUUGCACCUUUUUAAAGAUCCAGCAGACUUUGGGCAUACUGGUGAAAUGAAUGUGAAAUGACAUUCGGUAGAGAAUAUCCCACAUUAAUGCUGUUGUUAAGAAUUCCUAUCCUUUCCUCAAAAGCAUGUUUCAGCAGAACACGUUUCUCUGCCCUGGCAUGCGAAUACAUCCACCCAAACUCAUGAGACUUACAGCCAGCUGAUGCCCAACCCAAAAAAUGCCACUUUAAGCCCAGCCAUGUGGAUAAGUAUGUAUAUUUUUGCUGAUUUCUGCUUUUCCCUGGCAUGGUUUGAAGGAUAGGACGCUGGACGUACAGAAGGAAAACCAGAUCUUGUGGACUUGUUCAACGUGAGGAUGGAAAUCUGUGGGAAGAGAAAGAGACACAAACACACACAUACACAGAGAUUACACUCCUGCCAGAUAAUGGGACAGAGCUGGUGGUGGGGAGAAGGAUAUGUGGGGAGAAAAGAACUUUUAAUUUAAUUGUGUUUCCGACUCUCGGGGGCAGCUGGAGGGCUGGACCCUCUAAGAGAAAAAAAGGAAGUGUAAAGUUCAUAGCAAACCAGGAUGUAUUUCUCAUCAACAAAUACUGCUGCUAUCAAAGUAACUGGAAAAGCAUCAGGUUAAAGAAAAACACUGAUGGCCUCUGGAUGACAUUGGACUUUAGUGGCCAUUAUCCUCAGUGAUUGGCCUGGCUGGGGAGGAUGGAUGCUGGAGUUAACCAUACCUGGCUGCCAAGCUACAUGACGAAUGAUCCAAUUGCUUCUAAAGCAGUGUUUUUUUCAAACUUGGCAAGUUUUAAAAUGUCUGGACUUCAACUCCCAGAAUUCCCCAGCAUAUCUUAAUCUCCCAAGUUCAAAAAAUGCUGUUCUGUAGCAGUCUCUGCCAAGACUGCUUCUACAUCAUGUUUGUUCUUUCUCCAUAUUAUAAACCCUUUGGGAGCCCAAGAAAGUUUCAUUCAAUGUUUCAUUCAUGUGGAAGAGUCCAUUAGAAGAAGACCUUGGUUGGUAUCGGUUCACCACAUGAAUGAUGAACAGGCCUAUAGCUAAAUGUAGAGGCCUUUCCUUCGGGCCUGCGCAAUACUGUAGAAUCAACCAGAUGAUAAAAAGACCCACCCAAUAGCUCACAUUUGCAGGGUAAUUAUUUUUAUCCUGCUCAAACUCAGCGGCACCUCCAACACCAGCUUAAAUGGCAUGGCUGCUUUCUUCAAACUAAUGGCAAACCUUUAAUGGUUGAACCUAAUGGUUGAACCUUUCGGAUGCUGCUAGAAGCCAAAACUAAUAGUCCUGAGAGAACCACAAUUGGGACCAGGAUUUUUGUUUCUAAGCAAGGUGGUUGUCAACUGAAUCGUGCCCAAUUUUGCAACCAUUUUUGUCAUGGUUGUUAAAUGUCUCACUGCAGUUCAGUGAAUCCAGCUUUCUCUAUGGACUUCGUCGGAAACCAAUUGGGAAGGUUGCAAAUGGUGAUCACGUGACCCAGGGCCAGUGCAACCGUCAUGAAUCCCAUGCUGGUUGCCAAGUGCUCAAAUUUUGAUCACGUGACCAUGGGACUGCUGUGAUGAUCUUAAGUGGGAGGACUGGUUAUAAGUCUCUUUCAGUGCUAUAACUUCAAAUGAUCACAAAACGAAUGGUUUUAAGUCAAGGGCUAUCUGUACCCUGUUGGUCCUGUUUGGUGGUGUUACCUGGCAGUGGUAGCUUUACAGUUUAUGGAGGGCCAUCAAUUCCUAACUCCCUAAAGUAAGCAAUGUCUUCUAUCCUGGGAUCAAGGAGAGAGUGGCAUAUGCCAUUCCCGCAAGUCUCAGCUCUCUGAAUGAGCUUGCCGGGUGUAACCUCAGCUACUUUCAGCCAGGCAAGGCAGGCAGGUAAUCCUUGACUUACAACCACAAUGGAGCCCAACAUUUCCGUUGCUAAGCAAGACAGUUGUUAAGUGAGCUUUGCCCCAUUUUACAACCUUUAUUGCCACAGUUAUUAAGUGGAUCA